GUCAGUCGCUCGCGUGGUUCCUGCUCGUGUGGUACAGCCCGGGCCAGAGCUCAGAGCAGGCUGUGUCUCUCAAAAUGUACCUCUUUUGUUAGAUACCUAGGUCCUUAGAAAGGAACAUUUUCGCCGGUUGGUCCGCUGAUCCUUUCUCGGACUCUCACUGAACUGAGCCGUAGUUUGAGGAUCGGCCUGUGUGCUGUGAUUAGAACAUGACGUUUAUGUCCAAGUGCCAGAAGAGCAAAGUGAAUCUACCCCAAUUAGAGACUGGCAAUACCAAACAGGCAUGGUAUGUUAAAAUGCCUAACGAAGUGUCUGGAGGUGGCGGUAGUGUGACAGUGGGGGGCAGCAAGCUGCGGUGUCCGGCCCCAAUUUCCCGCCUCAGGGUGGAAAAAAUAGAAGGCGGCCUCAUGGUGGCCGGCGUCGUGGUUGCUGCCAACUGCCAAAUUAUCCUGCCCAUCUUCGGAUUCCUGUUCCUCUUGGUUGGUUGUGUCCUUACAGCCGCAUCCUACAGAGGUCCUGGUGAAGACGAAGAGCCAGACCACUACGAGGACAGGAUAGCCUUCACAGGAAAUUCCAGAAUUCUGGGUCCAGCAUGUAUCGUCGUCGGCUUCUUCAUGCUAGUCGCUGGUUGUGUGCUCUGUGUUCUCACAAGACGAGCGCGCAGGAGGGAACAGACGAUCGGGUUCCAUUGUCCUUUGCACGGGGACUUCUACCCGCUCAGUCCGGUUUCCAGCAGUCGAACUAUAGGUUUUAUAAAACUCUCUAGGCUCGCACAGAUGAAACAGAGCGGCCUAGAGAAAGGCGGCAUAUGCGGUCUCUGCUUUCCUCGCAAAAGGGGCCCGGGAGCCAUCGCCGUGGGCCCCCCGCAGUGCCCUCACAGCCAGGUCUCCAGCACGAGAAGUUCCAUAGCAAGUUCGCCCCACAGCCAGUGCCCCACCCCAUUACCAUUCCUUGUUAAUUCUGGGUCAGUAGGGGGCAUCGUGGCUCCAGUAGCCCAAUCGCCGGAUCAGCCAUUCGGGUCGAUUAGAUCUCUGGCUGCGGGCCGGGAAGUGGCUAGCUUCCCUCUAUCCAGGACGCCCACGCCACCCCCUUCGACAUUCGAGAGAAGUCCAAAUCUAGUCCAGGUUCCAGACGAAGAGAGAUUAGUCGACACCAACUUUGAGCCAGCUCCAGUGCACCGAAAUGGACCCAGGAAAUCAGUAUCUAUAGUAUUACCCACUGAGGAGAAGGGAUGACCAGUAGAUCUUUAGUUAAAAAACAUACUGAACCAAAAUCACAUUAUUUUUAGUGAAAGAAACACUCAAUCUUUUCAAGACAAGAAUAUUUACUAUUUGCAUAAAAAAGACUUAGAUAUUGUUAUAUACUACUGUAGCAACUGCAUAUUAUUUUUAUCAGUAAGUUUUCAGAUAUUUAUGUAAUAAAUAUAAACAAUGUUUAGCUAUAGUUUAAAUAUACAGUAGUUGAUUUUUAAGGUAAUUUUAGACUGAAUACUCAACUCUCGUGAGUAAUUGAAUAAUCACUAAUCAGUAAGUAAGCUUGGUACUCAGAUUACAUCACUGUGAAUAGAGUAGCUAGUUCGGUUAGAGAUUACUUAUUCCUUUUUACUUGGCUUAAAAGGAGAAAAUCGAACGAUGAUUCAGAAUGACUUUUAGUUCAUUUUUGUGACUUUAAAAGUAAUUCUAAACUGUAUUUAAUUGUAGUUCCCAAGUAAAUAAAACCCUUUUUUAAAAAAUAUUAAACUAUCAAUGAAAUGAAUUAGUCAUUAAAUAUUUUUUUAAGAUGUUAUAUAAAUUUAAUAUUUACAUUAUAUAUUGUAUUAUACAACAUUACCAAUAUUUAAUAAUUGGUUACAAAAGCAUUGAUAUGUUAAAAUUCCUGUCAAUAAUUAGGUGGUACAAUGUUCUUAAAUCUCAACAAUAAAGAAAUGUUGCUAUUCAAUGUUUCUAAUUUUUAAAGUUUCAAAAAUAGAAUCCUGUUUUUUGAAUUACAUAACUUUGCUUAGAGUGAUGAUGAGAAUUUUCAAGGGUUUUAGGAUUUACAAAUUUCUUGCUAAUAUUUAGAAUGAAAAGAGAUAUUUUUACUUUUUAGAAUGAGGUCACUCACAUCAGUCUUCAAAACGUUUGGAUGAUUAUCUCGCCCAAUAUUGUUGACAUUAUAUUGGCCGUGGAAAUUUUAGCACUCUUCUAGGACAAUGUUAUUCUUACUUUGUUGUCAUUGUUUUUCUUAAGUAUUCUGAAUCAUACUUAUGUAAGAUGUUAUCAUGAACAUCAGUGAUAUUAUAAUUUAUUUCCCAAACUAUGUACAAAGUCAGACAUAUAUUAAUAGUUUAUAUUGUUAAUUUGGAAAUGUUUUUUUCUUAUUGAUUUAACAGGAUUGAAUUAAAGUAUUAGGCACUGAAGGUCUAAGAAAGCUGUAAGGAAAAGGUGGAGAAAGUUGGUUUGUAAUAAUUUCGUAGUAAAUUCAAAACAUAAUUGGUUUUAAUAAAAAUUUAAUAAAAAAAAAUAAUGAUAUUUCGUCAAUUUUUCUUAUAUUUAUUACAACAGGAGUGAAAUCUUUACGUUUGGAUAUUGUAAGCUUUUUUGUACAUAAGACUGAAUUAUUCGAGCAAAGCGGUAGAUUAACAUAUCACGUUAAAUUUAAAUAAGGAAAAAAUAUUUCAUGUUAAGUACUUAUAGGUUUAAAUUUAGAGUAAUUUUCAUUUACACAAUAGUAGCUCUACUUUUUUAUGUUGCAAUAAAGGAAUGUAAUUUCUUUUUAUUUUUAUUGUCCGUCCCCAUGUGCCAAACAUUUGUACAAUGGUGUUAAUUGGCAAUCAAAAUUAUUUAGUAGCAUGUAAUUGUACGUUUUACCAUAGUCCAUGUUUUAUUUUAUUGUAAAUAAUUAAUUGUAGAUGUAGCGCAACUGCAUUUUUUUUUUACUUGUAAUUAUGAAUAUGACGUGAUAUGUAUUAGAAUUUAUCAAUUUAUAUGUUGAGGCUGAUUACAUUUUAAGAUAAUUAGAUUAGGUUGAAUUGUUUUUACUCAACAUAUCUUAAGACAGUGUUACUCAAAUAAUGGCUCUAUCACUUGCUCAUUACAUAUGAUACCCUAGUAAUUAAUUUUAUUUACUUUAUAAUAAAUAUUUUAAUGUCAUUGUCUUAAUAAAUAGUUUAAAAAUUCA